GGAAAAAGUACGGUCACAUCUACCUCGGAGAAUGAAUGAAAAUAGUGAUGACAAGUAACUUCGACCCCCAAAAGCUAGGUUGUACUCGUAUGCUUAGCAUUUAUUCAUAUUUUAUCUUGUUUCAAUACUGAGUUACCGCCAGAAUUUCAGCAAUGACCGGUUUGACAGUUGGCACUCGCGUUGCGGCCGUAUUCACCCACGUGGAAUUCUCGGGCAACGAGUGUUGUGGUUAUUGUCAACUCUGUGACAGUGCGACUGUUGAUGAUCUGGCUGAAAAGGUUGAAAUUUCAGCUGGAAAAGCACCUUACGUCUCAUCUUUAAACAGAGGUGAUAUUGUUUUGGCUCUUUACAGCGAAGAUGGGGUGUGGUAUCGAGCAAGAAUCGAGAGUAUGGACGGAAGCGUUGCUUCUGUAUUUUUCAUUGACUAUGGGAAUAAAGAGAAAAUAAACAACUCGGACAUUAAAGUGGCAGUAGAUGAAUUGCAGACUAUACAAGGGUUAGCUACAAAAUGUGAACUGGUGGACAUAUUGCCAAACGGAAAUACGUGGACAGAUUCUGAAACGGAGCAGUUACAUGCUCAACUGGUUGGUUUCGAAUUCACUGUCGAGGUUUUGGGAUCAAGCAGGUCAACAUCACAGAAUGGGGUAGCCUUAAGACUUUAUAGUGAUACAGGACUUUUCAAACAUGGAAAAGAGCAAACAACCAAAUCCAAAAGCACGAAAUCUUCCUCUGUAAUUGAGCUCCAAAUAGGCAUGCAAUAUAAUGCAUAUUUAUCAUAUGUUGACAGUGCUAAUAAAUUCUGGAUUCAGCUUGUUGACCGAGAACAUGAGUUGAAUGAUCUAAUGACUAGUCUUGCAGAUUCCGCUGCGGGUGGAGCAGAGAAACUUGAUUAUGUGUCUGCAGGAAAACUUUGUAUGGCUUUCUACAGUGAAGACCAGGCACCAUACCGAUCAUCCAUUCUUACUGUCAACGGAAACACUAGUUUGGUUCAGUUUGUUGAUUAUGGAAAUUCAGAAUCAAAAGAUGUUUCAGAACUUCUGAAACUGCCACAGCACUUUCAGGGAUUACCUGCAAUGAGUAUAAAGUGCUGCUACAAAAGAACUAAAGUUGACAAUAACACACUGGAAGAAAAAUUGCAGGAAUUGACAGAGUCAGAUGGUGUUCUUGUACGAGUGUUGGGUCGAACAGAUGAUGUGUACAAUGUAGAAAUUGACAAAAUAGAAAAUAUUUCUUCAACUUCAGCCUCACCACAGGUAAACGGUCAGCAUUUUAUUCCUAUGGAAUUGGAUAGCACCAAGGUGUAUGAUGUUUGUCUAUCAUGUGUUGAACACCCUGGCAAAUUUUUUAUACAGUUGUUAGAAAAUGGACCAGAAUUGGAUCAGGUAAUGGUCAGACUCACCCGAGAGUUCAAUUCCAACACUUCAGCACCUUCCCUUUCUGCUGGUACUGCCUGUAUAGGACAGUUAAGUGAUGACCAACACUACAGGUGUGUGAUACAGGCUGUGUCUGGAGAAAAUGCUCAGGUUCACACGGUAGACUUUGGGUUUAACGAGAACAUUACAGUAAAUAGGUUACGUGCCAUGUCGCCCAUUUUCCUGGAUGUGCCAUGUUAUGCAACAGAGUGUACAGUUGAUGUGACCAAAACCCAAGAUAAGUUCUGGUCUCGGACAGAGAUAGAUACACUAAAAGGCUUUGAAAGUAAAGUGUCGCUAGUAGCUAAAGUGACAACACGCAGAAGUAAUCUUUAUCAGUUGGAUUUGUAUGACACACGAGAUAGAGAUGAGGACCGUUACGUCAAUGCUGAGAUGUUAGGUGUUGGCAAAUCUGCUCAAAAGGCACAUACCAUCAAAAUGGAAACGAGGAGAGCAGAGCCUUCCGCAGCCGCAAACACUGCUGUGCCCAUCCCCCCACCAGAAGUCGCAACAGGCAGUCAAGAGCUGAUCUGCGUCACGGCAGUCAAAGCACCUAACAUAGUGUAUGGACAACUUACCAAGACAGACGCCAAGAAAAUUGAGUCACUGCAGAUCAAGUUGAAUGAAAAAUAUGAUCAUAUGACUGCUGGAGAAAUGAUUCUUUCUGAUUCUUCAGUUGGAGUGUCUUGUACGACACGUUACAGUGAUGGGGGAUGGUAUCGAGCUCUGAUUACACAGAAACGGGGGAAUUCUGUAUCCAUAGCUUUUGCCGAUUUUGGGGAUGAGACCAUCACACAAUCAUUAGAGUUAAAACAAAUGCUUCCCGAGUUUGGCAUUCUUUCACAGCAAUGUAUCCUGUGUCAUUUUCCCAGAGCUUCACCUUCCAACAGCAAAGAGAUGACUGAGAAACUCCUGCUCAACAAAGUCAUAGAAGUGAAAUUGAUAACCAAAAAAGAUGGAGUAUACCCGAUGUAUGAGGUGGAAUUAACCAGCAAUAUACGGAACCAGGGACUUGCUGGAAAGCUUGAAGGAAGCUCGAUGGGCUCAAAACAACCACCAAGACUACCCAAAUCUGUAGCAGUUAAUAAAGAAGCUAGAGUAAAGACGCUGAAUAGAGGAGAUGGCUAUAGCUUUUUACAAGUUGAUUCAGGAUGUUCCGAGGAAGUAAUGGUCACUCAUGUAGUAGAUCCACAGCAUUUCCAUGUCCAGGUGACCAGUAUGGCCAAACAGUUGGACACAAUGAUGGACAAAUUACAGGCACAUUAUGCCAGCAUAACAGAUAUGGAAGAGACCCUACUGAGCCCCUACCUUGGACAACCGUGCAUCGCCAAGUACACAGAUGACAAUAGCUGGUACAGGGCGAAGGUUUCAGGCUUACUGAAUAAUGGUCGGGCAGAAGUAACUUUUGUGGACUAUGGUAACACAGAAUGCCUACAGAGGGAGACACUAAAGAUUGCCAGCCAGGAGUUCAUGGAGCUCCCUGCACAGGCAAUAUUUUGUGGCCUGUCAGGUGUGAAGGCUACUCAAGGAUUUUGGUCACCUGAGCACAUUGCCCAAUUUGAGGAUAUUGCUUUGGACCAGAACUUCACGGCUGUGUUCCAAGACUACUCUGGAGAGGCAGAGGACCUGUACACUGUGAAACUAGAGAACCAGGCAGGGGAAGAUAUUAACCUUAAGUAUGGCACCAGUACCAAUUCAAUCUGCAGUGAACAGCCUGGGCGUAAGGUGGCCUUUGGUAAAGGGAUAGAUAUGAGAAUAGAGGUACAACAGGACAAUGAAUGGAUAGACCAUGCAGGCAAUGACUCCCAGCGAAGUGAGGGCAAUAGAUUUGGAGGCAGAUCUGGAGAAAGAGGUGGAAGUAGAGGAUUCAGUGGUGGCGACAGAUCAGGAGGAAGUGGAUUUGGAGGUGGUGAUCGAUCAGGAGGAUUUGGAAGUGGAAACCGAUCUGGAGGAAAUAACCAAAAUCACAAUGCUACCGAAGAACGAGGAUUUGGUAAUCGAUCUAGAGAUGGCAACAGAGGAGGUGGAUUUGGAGGACAGAAUCGUGAUGAAGACCGUGGAGGUGGAGGAAGAUCAAAUGAUCGAGGAGGUGGAUUUGGUGGACAGAAUCGUGGUGAUCAAGAUCGAGGAAGUGGAUUUGGAGGAAGAUCAAAUGAUCGAGGAGGUGGAUUUGGUGGACAGAACCGUGAUCAAGAUCGAAGAGGUGGAUUUGGAGGACGAUCAAAUGAUCGAGGAGGUGGAUUUGGUGGACAGAGCCGUGAUCAAGAGAGAGGUGGUGGAUUUGGAGGCCAGAACCGUGAUCAAGAUCGCGGUGGUGGAUUUGGAGGACGUUCAAAUGAUCGAGGAGGUGGAUUUGGGGGACAGAACCGUGAUCAAGAUCGUGGCAGUGGAUUUGGAGGACGUUCAAAUGAUCGAGGAGGUGGAUUUGGUGGACAGAAUCGAGAUCAAGAGAGAGGUAGUGGAUUUGGAGGAAGAUCAAAUGACAGAGGAGGUGGAUUUGGUGGACAGAACCGUGAUCAGGAUCGAGGUGGUGGAUUUGGAGGAAGAUCAAAUGAUCGAGGGGGAGGGGGAUUCGGUGGACAGAACCGUGAUCAAGAAAGAGGUGGAUUCGGGGGAAGAUCAAAUGAUCGAGGAAGUGGGUUCUCUGGUGGAGGAUUCGGUCAGUCACAGCAAACAACUCCUGCAAAUGAUGAAUGGGAUACUGAUGUUUCUACUGUGGUCCCAGAGAAACCAGCUUCGACUUCUGCAGCUCCCAAGAGUAGAUUCAGAGGAACUAGUCAAACAAUAAACACGCCUUCAUCCUUAUCAUCGGAUCAGAAGUCUGAUGCAUGGUCACGGCGUGUCGGAAGUGUCACUUUUACCUCACAGAAACUUGUGGCCGAUACAUCAUGCCAAGUGUUUGUUGUGUAUACUAACAGUCCAGGAGAAUUUUGGUGCCAGCUUGCAGACAAAGCCAGUGAAUUGCAAAGCAUGAUGGAUCAGAUGAAUGAACAUUACAAUUCUUUAUCCCCAACCAAGUCCUCUAUUGAUCAGCCAGAAAUUGGUAUGCCAUGUGUUGCUAAAUAUUCUGAGGAUAAACGUUGGUAUAGAGCAGAAAUCUCCAGCUUUGAUGACAAGAAGUUAGAAGUGCAGUUCAUAGACUAUGGCAAUUCAGAAUUUGUUGACUUAAAAAGUGUGAAGCUCAUUCAGAAAGAAUUUACAUCCUUCCCACUUCAAGCCAUUCGCUGUUGUUUAAGUGGCGUGAAAUGCUCUGAAUCAAAAUGGUCAGAUAAAGCCAUAGAAAGUUUUGAAACUUUAACUGCUGACAAAGAGUUGGUCUGUGCUGUCAAAAGUCAAGUGGGAGGUUCCUACCUUGUUAACUUAGAAGACGCCUCGGGUGAAUUGGAUGUUGCACUGAAACUACACGAGGCUGGCCACUGUACAUUGGCACCAGUUGGUUCAGGGAAACUGCAAAAGGUGGUGACGAAGGUGCCAUACCCAGCUCUUCCAAUCGGUAUAGGUGCCAAGAUGGAAGUUUAUGUUUCUUGGAUUGAAGAUCCAUCUAUGUUCUGGGUACAACCAGUGGAAAACCAGACAAUUUUGGAGGAAUUGGCAGACCAAGUGCAGGAGGAGUACACGACCGGACCUUCUGCAGACAAGAGAGUCUCAAAGAUAUCUGAGGGUAUGGCUGUUAUUGCCAAGUUUUCUGAGGAUGAAGUAUGGUAUCGGGCUGUGGUCGAAUCAGAAGGAAAGACAGCUAGUGUAAGAUUCAUUGACUAUGGCAACACCGACUCCGUUGCUGUAGACUCGUUGAGGAUGCCGUCUGCGUCCCUGAUGGAGGUUCCUGCCCAGGCCAUUUAUUGUAGUCUCGCUGAUGUCAAGCCCCUUCAACCAGGCAGUUGGAAUGUGGAUGCUAAAGACAUCAUGGAAAGUAUGGUAAAGGAAGCAGUCAGCUGUACAUUCAAAGAAACCAUGCCGAAUGGAUUUAGUGUGGAUAUUGUUUCCAAUGGAAUAGGUGUUGCCGAGGAACUAGUCAGUGCAGCUGUUGUCAAGAAAAUAUCGCUAGAGUCAAUGACGAAACCAGAAUCGCCACCAAAGGAUGUACGAAUAUCCCCUGGCAGGUCAGAAGCUGCAGUCAGUCAAGGAAGUGUCAAACAGAGUGUCAAACAGAGACUUAAUUUUGCCAAAAAUGUCACACUUGACAGCGGAUCAGUUGAGUCUGCUUACAUAUCUCAGGUAAAUUCCAUAUCGCAUUUUUAUAUCCAACUUGCAAAACUUGCUGCUCAACUGGAAGUCUUGAUGGAAAAGCUUGACAAGACCUGUGGGGCUAAGUCUCGACCAUCCAUGAUUGUACCUGGUAUGGCGUGUGCUGCCAAAUUCAGUGGGGAUGAAAUGUGGUACAGGGCUACUGUUGUGGAAGUCAAUGCUGAUGAUGCUGACGUACUGUUUAUAGACUAUGGAAAUUCUGAAGUUGUGUCGUUUGACAACAUCUGUGAAAUCUCGCAGGAUUGUCUCUCUCUGCCGCCACAGGCUAUACAAUGCAGUCUGAAGAACUGCAAUGAGAUUGCUGACGACAGUGCUGUUGACAAGUUCACUGACAUGACUAUGGAUAAGGAAGUGCAAGUUUAUGUGAUUAAUGCUGGAAGCCCUACUGUUGUGGACAUCUCUGUUGAUGACACAAAAUCACUAUCAGAUCUGUUAAACUCGAAAUCCAGUGCAUCAACCUCCAGUGCAUCAGUGGGGAAAACGUUACCAGCCCAAAUCAUUCCUACAGAUCCUAACACCAAAGUGUUCACAAGCUAUGUUCAUUCUCCGUCCAUGCUGUACCUACAGCUGGCUAGUCAAGAAACAAACUUAAAUGACUUGAGUACAAAGUUGCAAGCAGCCUAUUCAGCAAAUGUCUGUGAUAUUUCUGUGGAAGAUUUGAAGAAAGGAUAUCUCUGUUGCACAAUGUAUGUUGAGGACAAUCUAUGGUACCGAGCUGAAGUAGAAGAAGUCUGUGGUGACAAAUGUCAUGUACUGUUUGUAGACUAUGGUAAUUCAGAGGAAGUGGAAACAAGCUCCCUGAAAGUUCUUACUCCUGAAUUUAUGACGCAGCCAGCUAUGGGAUUCAGGUGUGCACUUGAAGGCGUUGUACCAAUCAAAGAGAAGUGGUCUGAAGAAGCCAAUUCUCACCUGGAGAGCUUGGUGAUGGAUCAAGAACUGACCUGCAAAUUUGUGUCCAACACUACUGUCAGUCUGAGAAGUGAGGAUGGGGAUGUUGGUGAAGAUCUGGUAGCCCAAGGACAUGCCAAACUGGUCAAAGCAGAAGAGCUGAAGUUUUCAGAACAGGGUAAACCUGAAGGCCAGGUAACAACUUUUGUCUCCCAUGUGGAGGAUGUGUUCUAUAUCCAGUUAAGUACAGAUGAAGAUAAAUUGGCUGAACUUUCAGAAAACCUUCAGACAUUGUGUGAGCAACACAACACCCCACAACCUGAACAGAUCACAGAAGGGUUACACUGCUGUGCCAAAUUCUCGGAAGAUCAAGCUUGGUACCGAGCAACCGUUUCCAAGGUUACUGGACAGAAAUUUACUGUACGUUUUCUUGAUUAUGGCAACUGUGAUAUAGUAACAUGUGAACAAUUGAAACUUUUAAGUGAGAAGUUGUUAACACCAGAAUUGCUUGCCUAUCCAGCUGUGAUUAAAGGUGUUGGUAGGAUGACUGAGGAGCAGCAGAAACUCUUCUCCAGUCUGACAGAGGAUCAGGAACUGACCACAGACUUCUUAGAGAUGACAGAUGACGGCCUGAACCAAGUUACCUUGACUACCAGUGAGGGCAAAGACAUUGGUCAGGAGUUCUGGACAGAGGAAGCUACAGAUGGAACAGAGACAUCAGCCAAUGAAUGUGGCGAUGCUUCAUCCACAGAAACGACAGACGACCUUGGAAAACUGACAAACAUCGUCCUUGAGGAGGGAGAUCGGGUCCAGGUGACGUGCAGCCACAUCAACUCACCAAGCUCCUUCUAUGUCCAUCUGGACAGGAACAAGGACACUUUAAAUUCCCUUUGUGAUGAAAUGUUCAAAUUAUAUUCUGAAUAUGAAGGAAAUGAUCUAAAAAUGGAGUCUCCAAAAGAGGGACAGGUGUGUGCAGUACAGUACUCCGAGGAUGAAUCGUGGUACAGAGCCAAGGUAUUGGAGGUGCUAGGAUCGGACAAGUUCAAAGUGGAGUUCCUGGAUCAUGGAAACAUUGAGGAAUGUUCCGGGGAUAUGAUCAGGAAGCUUCUGACCCGUUUUGUAGACCUACCUGUACAGACCAUGCUCUGUACCUUGGGUGGAGUAAGAUCUGUUGAUGGCCCCUGGAGUGAGGAAGCACUGGAACUCUUCAGCAAACUUUUAGGUGAAAAGAGUCUGUUAGCGGACAUAAUGUGUGUGAGCGAUGACAAUGCCUAUAUCGUCCAGCUGUUUGACAUGGGGAUUCUACUCAGCCAGAAGUUCAUCGAUGAAGGCUAUGGAGUUGAGGCAUCCACGCCGACAUACGUCAGCAAGAAAACCAAGCGAGUGUUUUCUGAUUCCACUCCACUGAAGGUCCUGGAUUUGAGUGCUGAUAUCUCGGAAGACUCAGAAGAUGAUAGGUACCCAUCCCUGGAGCUCAACCAAUCUAUGGACUGUAACUGUUGUGUUAGUCAUGCAGUCUCCCCUGGAAAGUUCUGGCUGCAGUUGUCAGAAAAACAGGAAGAUUUACAAAAGUUCAUGGAUGGAAUGCAAGAAAAAUACAGCAAGGAGAAGCCACUGACUUUAGAGCAAAUAAAAUGUGGCAGCCCCUGUGUGAGCCGGUACAGUGAGGAUGGACGCUGGUACCGAGCAUCGGUAAUGGACAAAUACGAUACAAAUGUACUGGUCAUCUUUGUGGACUAUGGCAACUCUGAAACUGUGACACCAUCUGAGCUGCGGGAAAUUCAGUCAGAGGACAUGUUGUUUCCACGACAGGCAUUUUGCUGUCGUAUGAAAGGUAUCAUCCCAGAGGCAGAGUCUGAAGGUUGGGAGAAGAUUGCCUGUAGUAGACUUGAAGAACUCACAUUUGAAAAAGACUUGAAAGUGAAACUUUGUAAAGCUUUGCCAAACUCCUGUUACGAGGUUGAGAUGAGUGAUGGCGACGUUUGUCUGACUGACACUCUCGUACAAGGAGGCUAUGCCAGGUUCUCUGAGGGUGAUAACAAGGUAACUGUUGAGAAGGAACAGAUAGCUUCAGAUGAUUCUAAGGAUGAUGAGGAUUUCCACAGUAUUAAAUCAGACUCUGUAGACAUGCUUGAUCUGGGGCCCUUCAAACCAUUGAAGGUGAAUAAAGAUGAGAGUUAUACUGCAGCAAUAAUGAACAUCAAGUCACCAGGGUGUUUUUAUAUACUCCUGGAGGAACCAGGUUCAGAGAAAAGAGCAGAACUUGUCACGAGUAUAAAGCAGUAUGUGUUUGACCAUUCUGACGAGGUUCUGUCAUCAGAUGAAAUCAUUAAAGGCACUGGCUGCCUGGCCAGGAUGGAUGAUGGAUUUUACGGGCGUGCUGUCAUAACAGAAACAAAUGACCAAAAUGUGGAGGUGUACAUGAUAGAUGUGGGUCUUCACCAUUGUGUGGACAGUGCCUUCCUCAAACCCAUCCCAAAUGAUAUGCUUGACCUACCAGCCCAGGCCAUCACAUGUAGUUUGGCUGAUAUUCAGCCUAUAGAAGGGGAUGGAUGGUCUGAGGACAGUAUCAGUGGCUUUCAGGCAUUGUCAUCAGAGUAUGACCUAGUGUCCCUUUAUGUUGACCCCCUGACAAAACAUGACGGCCCACCAUACAACGUCACCAUUAACGCAAUAGGAGCCAAGGAACAGGAGAUGUUGAACAUGCAAAUGGUGGAGCUUGGCUUUGCUGAUUUCAUACCUGGGUCCACUUUAGAGUCGGAGGCAUUGAUGGAUGAGACUGAAGUCUCCUUCAAUGAGCUUUCUUUGUUGAAAGAAAAUUCCAUUGGGAGUGAUGAUGAAACAACAGAUAUUGACACCUCGAAGAUGACAAUGGAGGAAUCUGUACUGGAAACAACAGGAGCCUCCGACAGUUUCUCCUUCCUGUCUGGAACACAGCUUAAUAAAAUCCGAGAAAAAAACAAAGAGGAAACAGAUGAUGAAUUCUAUGAUGCAGAGGAGAAAGAGAAUGAAAGUAAAGAGAUACAAUCCAAUAUUGAUGAACUAGAUGUAGAUGGAUCAACUGUUGAGUCUAAGGUAGAUGACAUAGAUACUCCUGAAGAAAAGGAUUCAGUGAAGGAAGAGGAAACUGUUAAUGAAGAAAGUACAAAUAACAAAGCAGAGGAGAAAGAUGAAACAAAUUCAGAUGAGAAUGUAGCAGAGGAAAAUGCAAAUACUUCAGAUGAGGAGAAGACUGAGAAGGAAAGUGAAAACACCAUAGAAGAGAAGGAAGAGGAAGGAGACGCCAUCAAAAAAUCUGUAACAGAGGAUCUUCAGAACCUCUCUCUAGUGGAUAACAGAGAGAAAGAUGAUAAUAAAGAUAACUCUGACGAGGGUGUAGAGGAAAACGAUGAGGAUGAUAAAGAUCAUUCUGACGAGGGUGUAGAGGAAAACAAUGAUAAAAAAGAUCAAUCUGAUGAUGGUGUAGAGGAAAACGAUGAGGAUAAUAAAGAUAACUCUGACGACGGUAUAGAGGAAAAUGACGAGGAUAAUAAUGAUCAUUCUGAUGAUGGUGUAGAGGAAAAUGAUGAGGAAACUGCAGAGUUAGAAAGCACCACCGAGACUGUGACAGCAGAGGAACAGCCAGGAGAAGAGUUACAGAAAGCAGCGGUCAUAGACACAGAGACGGUGGAAUCAUCGGAGGAAACCUCGAAGGAGAACUUUUCUGAAGACAGGGCAAACAAAUCCAGAGAGGAUGAGAAUUCUGGGUCAGGUCAUACAGGAGACCAGGAGCAAGCAGUGGAAACAGACAAUGAUGAUGAAAAAACAAAUACUGGGACAAGUAAAAAAUCAGAACCGAGAAAGGAAAAAGAUGCAGAGAGUGAUAGUGAUAUUACAAUAACCAAGGAGCAUGGUGCCGGUGGAGAUUCGAAGGAGAAGUCUUGUAAAGCAGAAUCUAGUGGAGAGCUGACACAACAGGAAGAGUCAUGAUAAGUUGGGGAAGAUUUGUCUUGAGUUCCGAUGAAAGAAUUAGAUAUCAAGACAUUUUAUGUGAAAAUAUGGUUGUGUGUGUUUUUUUCUCUUGUUUUUCUUUAUUUUUUUAAUGAUAUGACACCAGGUACAUACUAUUAGAAUACUGUACAUGCCAUGCUGCCUAUGUCUGUAUGGAAACCGGCACUUUUAUAUAUCUAUGCACACUUGUUAUAGCAAAAUAUCUGCUUGUCACAAAUUAGAUGAAUAUUACUUUUAAUAAUUUUUAGUUUCAGAAAAGUCACACAAAAGGUUCAAUCAAUUCAUAUGUAUGAUUUCUAGUAAUUCAAACCAUGUUACAAUUUUGAGGUAACGGUUAUGAAAUUGUUUUGAUUGAUAACUGUUUUUUUAGGUGCUGUGCAACAUCCACCUAUAGCUUUCCUCACAGACUUUUGCAAGGGCAAAUUCAUUUAGAACUCUGGAAAUCAAAUGAACUGUCGUUUAUUUGAGUUCUAUGAGUUAUAUGUGUUCAGGAUUGGACCAAAUAAUUUCUUUCCAAAAAACAAACAACACACUAUCCCUUUUCGUGAAGUAUUUCUGCAUCUUUCAACAGAACAUUGAUGCAACCACAGCCUUUUUAAAGUUUAAAAUAAGAUUAUACUACUUGCUUUUCUCCUUUUUUUCGAUCCCUUAUGCACAGCAUCUAUGAAUGGCCUUAACUUUUUUUCUUUUAGUUUUCAAUAUGACAAACUUUAUGCUUCACAAUGUGGUUCUUUGAGAAGCCUCAGUAUGAAAGUAAUAUUUAAGAUGAAAGAGUUUGUUUCUGACACAAGUUCACUUAAGCUGUUGAUAUACCAACAUACACUCUUUGUCUCAUGUAUGCUCCAGGUAUAUUAUACAAUGUAUAGAUAUAUACAAAUAUAGACAGGUACCACGCCCCUGAGACAGUUCUGUCAUUUUACAAAAUUAGUUUCACUUCCUGUUUGUAUUGAGUAUAUGGAUGUAUAGGAAAAGUAUCUAGAGGUUCACAUUGACACAAUCAUCUCAUUUAUUAUUCUUGUAUACAAUAUUUGAUUUCAUUUUAUAACAAGUUUAUGCUCAGUUUUGAUUUUUAUAAACAUGGUUCUUAUGACCGGUUUUGAUCAAUUGCAGUCAUCUAUUAACCAUGAUAGCUCUCAUAACGUGUAGUCUAGCAAUGUUAAAAGUAUAUAUUUUGAUAGGCAAACUUGAUUUUUUGUGCCAUGUGUACAUAUAUAUAUAUAUAUAUAAUGUAAUCAUUGUAUCACUUUGUAUUAUUGUAGGAAGUCACACAUAUAGCCAGCUGUGUAUAACUGAUAACUGUUAAAGGGGCAUUCCUUUGUUUGAAUGAAGGUUAGGUCGUCAAAAUUAAACUUACUGGAAAAUAUGUCUUUUUUCCCAAGUAGUUAAAGUUAUAAUCUUUACAUUAAUAAGGCAAUUUUACUCUCAAGAUAAACCAAAGCUCUUCCAGUAUCAAGUUCUGAAAUUUUUUUAAUCAACCCGAAGUAUCGCUUAUUACUACAAAGUAUUACAUACAGUAUUUGUAUACAAUAUGCCUUUUUCGGCAUAGCCGUAUA